ACCUGGCUGUGUAAUUUCUCAACGAAACCUUGGCUCAAUUCAUAGAGUAUGUUGUUAUAUUCUGUUUUCUUUCACUUGGUUCCCACUAAUAGAAAAGGCGUCUUGUGAUCAGAACAACCCCAUUGUCUUGUUAUUGUCGUACACACCUAUUGUAAUAUAUCAUGCAAUUAGUAUAUGAUUUUGCCAACAUAUCGUUAAUUAGAAGGCUUGUUCUUGGCAAUUGAUGUUGUGUGAAAAUACUGCAAUUUUAACACUUGCUACAUAUCGCAUAUCAAUGCAUGCACGCAUAUCGACAGACAAUUUAUAUAUCAAUGCGCAUUAAUUUGCCUUAACCGAGCUGGCCAGGGAGACAAGUCAGCCAUGAAACUCUCUGCUUACUUGGUUUUCAUACUUAUCUUGCUUUUUUGUUCUUGUGAAUCGAAAAGAAGAAGCAGUGGAAGAAAAGGUAAAAGGCAGAAAAGUGGAAUGAAAAGUGGUAGCCUGCUUUGUAGCAAAGGAAAUAAAAUUGGACAUUGGAAGGUUAGUUGUUGUUAACAGGCAAUUUUUUCUUUGUCUCGUAUUUGCGAUGAAAAGUGUGCAAAACCUUCAAAACUGCCCUGUCUUAGCUUUAUGUUCUAGUUUAUACAUGCAGUUAGAUGCAUUUUUAAAUGCCUCUUCCGGUUGAGAAACAUAAAAUAGCAGUAAAAAUUGUCCGUUACAAUACAAUUAUUAACGAUGCUUUGAACUUGACGCCAUAUUCACAGCAAUAGUCGAUUAAACAAAACUUUCUGAACUCCAUGUCUAAUUUUACAAUCAAACGGCAAUAUCUUUUUUUUCCUUCGGUCAAUUUUUCUGAAUUUAUUUUUUAAGAUUUAUGGUUGAAAGGGGAACGACAUAUUAAAAUUUGAAGGGAUGUUUAUAAGGCCGGUUUUGAGAUAUUCAUGAAUAACGACUACAAAAAAUCUGUCUUAUAGAAUUUCUUGAAAUUUUGAUAUGUUAAUUUGGCGAAUCGUCAUGCUUAGCAAACGUGCAAAGUUUAAAAAACUUUCACCGAAGGAAACGCGAGAAAAAUAGUCCUAAAUCCAGUUGAAGCUGUUGACGUGACAAACUUAUCGAUUCGAGAUGAUCACUAUUUGCGUGGGGAACACGAAACGCGUACGGUUUAUAGUUGGCUUUUUUAGCAAUUUUCUCUUUGAGUUUUUGGCUUAUAUGUAUCACACAGAUAUUUUUUACUUAUUUGAAAUGAAAAUAAAAGAUAUAUGUAUUCAAAAUACGAAACAAACCUUCAAGACAGUAUAAAAUAUAAUUUCAGUCCGUGACACUGUUGUUGAACAUUGUGAGCAUUAUGAAAUACAGUACUGAACAUAUUAAAUAUAUAAAAAAAAACACACUGAAUGUAGGUAAAAACUAGCUAACAACAUACGUACUGUUCGAAUGUUGAAAAGUUUAGGAUUAUAAUAAAAACUGGCGUUUUCUUUGUAGAUAAAAAUACAAAAACAACUUCCCGCGGCUUGUUUACUUGUUUCAAGAUUUUUACCGGGCCACGACGAUUCCACGCGCGAGUCGCGAGGAUGAUGUCUGAGCUAUAUAAAUAUUUUAAACUGGACUAUAACUGUAGGGAGCCACCUUAAUUGAAAAAACUAACUAGAAAAAUCAAUUAUACAUUACAAUUCAAGAUCAGUAAACUCAAUUUUUUUUUAAAAUGUUAAAAACAUUACGUUUGCUGAUCUUCAAUUAUGCUUAAUUGAUUUUCCUGGUUAGUUUUUUCAAUUAAAAGGGCUGAAAUGCGCCUUAAAAACAUCGUUCAAAAGGCUGAACUGUGCCUUUAAUGGUCAAUCACAUCAAUUGAUAUAUGGCCGCCAAAAGUCUCAUGAUCUUGCGUGUUAAAACGAUCUAAAACUCAUUAGAAGAGAUGUGGAAACUGGAUAUUUGUUUAGUUAGUGGAAAAAAAACAUUUUCUUGGUAGUAUCGGCAAAUUUAAACACGUAACGAUUUGAUUCGUAAGGAAUGACAGGAAUGUGACAGAUUUAAAGGUCUCUUCUCGCAAUGUGCGUUUAUAUAUAAAUAUUCUGGCUUUAAAAUAAAUUCCCUGAAUUUAUAAGGUUGCUCUAUCCAGUUAUAUAAAAAUCAGUGAACUCGCUAAAUGCGUGCAUAGUAAACUUAUUAAAAACUAUAAUCAAAUAAAACCCGAAAGUUAAACCUCCCCGGCUAGCUAGACUGUUUAGCCGGCGGGUUCAAAUUUAAUUUCUUACAUAUAACAUUUGCUUAAUCGUAUUUAAUAUUUCUCAAACAAACGUGAAUAUAAAUUGUGAAUGAGCAACUGUAUUUUUAUCCUCUGUGUAUAAUUACGCAAUUUAUUUUUACGACCAAUUUAAUUCGGUCUACUUUGCAUUUUUACUUGCACCACUUUCAAGAGGCCGACUAAAUAGAUUAAAAUUAUGGCCGACAUGUUGGGUAUACUAAUUUCUCAAAUCGCCAUGUUAAUAGCACACCAGCGUGUCUCCAUACGCACAGGAAAAACACUAUAGGCAUAAUUGAAUUGCGUGGAAAUAACCUCCACUGAAAGAUCGAUAAUUGAAAAUAGAUUAAUUCCGAGCCUUUUUAAGCGAAGCAUCUCGGCAAAUUGGCAAAACCGUCGGACACACAAGUCGAGACACGUACAUUGAAAUUUCAAGGAAAAAGUUUGAGACGUCGACUUAAUACAAGUCAAAAUGAAAAUUUCUGUCGUUUUAUCUUUCGCUCUACUUUUCGUCUUCUUCGCUUUAACGCAAAGUAAGAACUCUAAAGAUAAAAAGGGCAAAGACAAACAAAACGGUAAUGGUAAACAGAACGGUAAUGGUUGGAAAAUUGGUAAAUGGAAGGCAAGUACAAUACUGUAUAUUGUGAUGGUUCAUUGAUGCGUUAAAGUCAAAUCAAACAUGCGGCAAAUCGUAAGCGGCGAGGCCCUUGCCAAGGAAAUGUCAAUUAUCUGGUAAAGGGCGAUUUACCGAUUACACAACUUUUGCCUAAAACUGUCGCAUGCAACGUAUACCGGCCUGUUUACAACUCGAGUGAUACUAUGCAAAUCAAGUACACAACUCGUCUAUACGUUGUCGUAUAGGUGAGUUAUUGUGUGCUUGAUUUACACCGAGUACAACUUAAGUUGUAAUUUUCCAACCUCACGGUGAAAACUCUGCACAAGUACUUGAUCACACAUUUCCAGUUCACUUUUUAUACAUUACUCUGACUCAGUUUAACAAACGAGCCUUUAGUCCUGGACUAUAGGGCACAUUUUGAUUUACGUUGUAGAAAAAGUUACAGUUAUAGGUCGGACACCAAUACACUCGGGUCGGACAAACAAUAAGCCUGAGUUUAAUUAACUUAGGUCGGACAGAACGUCCAGUGGUUUCCUCUUUACCUCGCGGACACGGGACGGAAUAGGUCGUACAAUGUCCGUUUCUGAGAUCGCUGGAUCUUGGUCCUGGAUAGAUCGUGGAUAUAAUGCGAUACAUUGCUCUUUCAAAAGGAAUACUUAGUUUGUCUUCAAAUUGCAUGAAUAACACAUAAUUUUUCUUUUACUUUCAGAAAUUCUUAGUCCAAUACGGAUAUGCCUCCUCAAUGAACUCGUUCAGUCCACACGAAAUAAAACUGGCCGUGACGAAAUUGAGGAUCCUGUUUCAAUUUGACAACACGACUACAGACGAAGAUCUUGCGAAAUUCAUAGAACUACCUCGUUGUGGCAACAAAGACAUAAAGGAAAAGAAGGGCAAAAACUCCAAACGUGUUCGCCGCUAUGAUCUGAACCCUGCUUGGAGGAAACCGAGUUUCACGUAUGCCUUUGAAAAAUACAGUUCUGAUCUUACCGUAGCACAGCAGCACAGCAUUGCUGCCCAAGCAUUUCAGUUAUGGAAAAAUUCCGUGCCUGAGUUAGACUUUGCUCACACUCAAAAUGUGGUUGAAGCUGAUAUUAAGUUUUCGUGAGUAUAUAUAUAGCUAUAUAUGUAUAUAUGUAUUAUUGCACUGGGGCCACGGUUGUUCAAAGCUGGGGAUUAACGCUAACCCUGGAUUAAAAGUUAACCCGCCAUUUCAGUUUGUGUAUCUCUGCACGUCUGGGGCCAGUUGUUCAAAUGUGGGUUAGCGCUAACCCUGGGUUAAAAUUUAACCUUUAGUUUGUGUAAAUUUAACCUUUAGUUUGUGUAUUUCUGCACGUCUGUUUAUUUCAAAACUUCAGAGAACUAAACUCCUAUCGAUCCAGACAAGAUCUCUGAAGAAAUAUUUCCAAAUUUAUAGACAGGCUGUCAGGAAGUUUGCUUUGAAUUUUAGGUUAACCCAGGGUCAAGCUAACCCAGCUUUGAACAACCGGUCCCUGUUUGUUACAAAAUUGCAGGUUGUUCAAAGCUGGGUUAGUUUAACCCUAUCCUAUGUUAUAACCUAAAAUUCAAAGCAAACUUCCUGACAGCUUGUCUAUAUUUCUUCAGAGAUCUUGCCUGGAUCGAUAGGAGUAUCGUAUACUUCUGUGAAGUUUUGAAAUAAACAGACGUGUAGAAAUACACAAGCUAAAACAGCGGGUCAAAUUUUAACCCAGGGUUAGCAUUAACCCACCUUUGAACAACCGGCUCCAGCAGAAAAGAAAACUCCAGCAAGUUGAUCCACACAAGAUUUCUGAAGAAAUAUUUCCAAGUUUAUAAACAAGCUUUGGGAAGUUUGCUUUGAAUUAUAAUUUAAUUAAUAAGCUAUAGGGUUAAGCUGACCGGCUUUUCAACAACCGGCCCCAAAUUUAUUCAUGAAUAAUAAUGCGAUAAAGAGUUUAUCUUCUCGGAUCAAUUAGGCAGUUAAAGAAUCCUGUUAUAAUAUUAUUAUUGGCGAAUUCCAGUCAGGGUUAUGAAGCACGCAGAUACAUGCAUGCGCCUUUUUUCUACUGCCAUUUGAGGGAUCCUUUUUUUCAAUUGGAGCCGGAAGGGUAUAAAUGGAGUAACGUGGUUCAAUACUAAAUUGUUAAUUAGUUUGAAUUUGACUAUUUGUGGUGGGAAUAGUAGUUGGCUAACGUCCUGACGAGGGGUCUUUGCUUGAAACGUCGAAGUUCUCCUUGUAUUUUCCAGGUAAUUGCAUCCCUAUCAAUCCAUAGUUGUGUUAUUAUUGGUUAUACCAGUGGCGGAAAUUCACUUUUUCCGGGGGGUGGGGGGGGGCAAAGCCUCCUAAAUUUCCGACAAAACUUUCAAAUGUCCGACAUACCCUGGGGGCGCCCAUCCCCCACCACCACCACCUAUAGAAUUCCGCCACUGGGUUAUACUACAGUAAGACCCCGCGUACAAGAACCUAGAUUUUUCAAGUUAGCCUAAACAGGUUCUUAUAUAAAUGAAAUCGUGAAGUUAAGCUAAACAGGUUUUCAAAUAGGUUCUUAUUUAGUCUAAAAAGGGAGUCAAUUUCGGUUGGUGUAGGUACAGUUAUUUUUUGUUGAUGUGUUCAAACAUGCAAACAUGCUGUUUAUUAAUUGUUAUCCAGGUCUCUGGCUUCUGGAUCAUUCUCAAUACUUUGUGAAGAGUUUAUUUUAUUUGAUCAGUUUAUAAUUUUUAGAGUGAUAAAAAUAAAAUAAGAACCUGUUUGAAAUUUUGGCCUAAACAGGUUCUUAUAUAAAGGGGGUCUAAUAAGCAAUUUUAGCCUAACAGGUUCUUAAAAUCUAGGUUCUUAUACGCGGGGUCUUACUGUACCUGCCGCGUUCAAGAUUAUUAGUAUUACAUAUAUACAUGUACAUUAUACAGUUCACUCCCAUCGGGACUUUUCAGCAACCGAUUCAUCGAUAUAAAUAUUUUGGUCUAUUUUCAGUUUCGAAAUAAAUUCGCACACGGGUUGUGCUCAAGCUUUCGAUGGCACAGGUCCGAUACUCGCGCAUGCGUACUACCCUGAAGAUGGCCGAGUACAUCUCGACGAUGACGAGUUGUUCACGGACCAAACUAGCGUUGGGAUGAACCUGUACACCGUGCUUGUUCACGAGAUUGGUCACGCCCUAGGCCUCGGUCAUUCCUUUGUCUCUGGAGCUGUAAUGAAUCCUGUUUAUCAAGGAUAUAAUGGAGUAUUGACUCUACAUGAAGACGAUAUCAAUGGAAUGCGACUGCUAUAUGGUAGGUUUGACAUAUGUUACGGGAGAGAAAAAAUUUAGCGGAUCAGAAAGAAAUUUUCCAGACGUUUUUACAUUUUGCUAACCAAACAAAAAUUUUUUCCCUGCUAAAACUUCUAAAAUUGUUGUUGUUAUCUUACAUGUUCCAUGGUUUUCAUUUAUUUUCCCCAUCAAACUUACGUUUCGAAAUUUGCCCGAUUUGAAUUUUUUUUUGAGGGGGGGGGGAGAAGGGGGAGAAGGGGGAUCAUAUGUAGCUGCCCUCUGCUCCCUCGUCUCGUACGUUUAUUACGUUUUAUACAAUCAUGGACGUUUGGGAAGGCCCAGAUAUUAUAUUUCCCUUCUUGGCAGCAACUUCCAAAAAUAAAAAUUUCGUGUGUAAGUCAAAUAUAAAACUUCCUGCAUAUGUAGCUUUCGAAGAACGGUGGUAUCACAGAGUAAGUACAUACAGAGGUCGAUCUCACUUCAGGUUAAUUUAGCGUAAGAGAUUUUUCAAGUACCCUAAUGAGAGGCCGUCACCCCCUGAAAACAUAUUGAAAUUAAUGUUCCAGGGGGGGUGAGUGCCCCUCUUUAGGGCACUUGCAAAGAACAUGGCCGCCAGAUAUGCGGUAGCCUGCAUGGCAGGCGGUCUAAGCUUGCCCGAUUUUAGGGACCGCCUGCCAUGCAGGCUAGAUAUGCGGCAGAUAUGUACUACCUUACAGUUUUCCCGCAGAAGUGAGACCUCUGUAUGUGCUUACUCUGUGGUGUAUGCCGAAAAUAGACUGGCGUACUUUAAAGCCAUACGGGAUUAAAAACCUUCGUCAGAAUUGAUUCUAUCGUAUUUUAAUGAUGUUUUUCUAUUUGAGCUUUUUUUUCUUUCAGCGCCCACAACCGCUUCAGACCCAAGUAUGUGUUAUUCUAUUACUAUAAAAUAAAAUUAUCGUGAUUUUUGGGCAUCGAUCUCGCUCGAUAGAAUUAAUACAGCAGAUAGAUAUAUCAAUAUCAUUAUACCUUCUUUGCAUCACCCAUUACAUAUAUACGAUACGAUGUUUUGGUUAAUGCUCAGCAACUGGACUCUGUAGUUCAGUUGGUUAGAGCGCUGCACCGGAAUCGUAGGGCCACAUGUGUGCGGGGGCGUGGCAUGCUCCCCGUUGAAAGUUUAAAAUCUGAGGCCCCUCAGCCUAUUCAGAUUCAUCGAAAAGAUUUAGAAAACUAAAAAUUUUAAAAAAGAAUAAAAUGUGCUUGCUUAUAUGUAUGUAGCAUUUGAAAAAUUCUUCCUUUUGUGUUGUUUGUUUAUAGUUAGUGAAAAAUUUGCCGUAUAAGUUGGACGUUAUAUUGCGGUACACGUCCCCGCUCCCCAACAUUUUUGAACGGAUAAGCAUCUCUCGAAUCUGGUCGUGUGGUGUGGGUCCCCUCGGUGGCUACGUUCUGAAAUUCCACUUAAAACAAAAAAUCUACUAUUCUAUACAUUAUAUAUAGUUCUUAUUAGCUCUGUCACCUAAAUUCACCUUGGUCAAAACAUACAUUGAUUAAUUUGAAGAAUGGUCUCGAAUUGAUUUGUGUUUGUUCAGUUUGUUUGAGCAGUUUGAGAGCCCAAACAUACAUUUGUGCAAUAUAUUCUAAAUUGCGUGGGACAGUUAAUCGUUCAGCAAACUAAACAAGAAUUGAAUAAAUUGAAUGCGUAAAUAUCAGGACGUUUAGGUUUAGUUCUAUUCGAUGUAAAACUAAAUUUUGAAGGUUUUUUUUGAGAUACGUAUCGUAUAGUCAGACCGCUUAUCACAAAAUUCAGUCAUGGGCAUGGGCGUAACAAAAGAUUGGUAAAAGCAUGAAAGUUGUCACAGAGCAUUUUUGGCAUGACCUAUCCUAUAUAUUUAUAAAUAUUAGAAGGGCGCCCAAAAUUUAAUUGUUUUGAAGCCAAGGAAGCUCUGUGCCUUAAAAUACACUCAAAAUAUCGUCGCCACUUGCCGACUUUCAUUAAUUUUGCAAUAACAAUUGAACAGGACUUUUGCAAUAACAAUUGAACUCCAACAACAGGACAAAAUAAUAAAGUCCUAUAAAUUAGGUCCUCCCACAAACGUCUACGAACGCAUCGACGUUUACAAUUGUAAUUGUAAUCCAAGAACCGGUUGGCUGUUCAAAUUUAGAAUUGUAAACAUGCAAAAAUAUGUAGGUGCGGUCGUAGACGUUUGUGGGUGUGGCGGCGAUACGAAUUUUCGAUAUCGAUGCGAUUCCACAGUUCGGUGACUUUCGUAAUACUAAUUAAUACGUUUUUACAACUGGCCCCCUGGCUGGUGAUGCAUUUUUAUUCCGUUCUUGUUUGGUCUAUAACGCUUAAAUAUCCCUAGCCUGCGAACAGGCUCUCAAGCUGAAUUGAGAGCCUGCAUCGAUGACUAAUGAAUUUGAAUAUCUGCGUCUCAAAUCGCGACGCGAAAUUCUCAUUGGUCAGAUGCUAUAAUUUAUAUGUUUCCACUGAGCUCUAUAUAUGUCAACUGCUGAAGCACUAUGCAUAAAAAACACAUUAACUGAUCAAAUUGGUCUUGACCAUCUUAUCUCAAAGCACGAAAUGUUCUGUUUUGAGAAAACAGUAUUUAAAACAUUUGAACUUUUGCUUCAAUAUCUUGUAUUUCGAAAAACAGUAUAAACUGUACGUCUAAAUUUAGUUUGCACGGUCUAAAUUUAGUUUGCACGAAAGUUGUAAACAACACCAUAUAAGGAUAUACAUUCCAUAUUUGGAAAAACGAACGUUGCGGGGCAGAUAUUCAAAUUCAUUAGUCAUCGAUGCAGGCUCUCAAUUCAGCUUGAGAGCCUGUUCGCAGGCUAAAAUAUCCCAUGCAACUUCAGUAUAUUGCGCAAACGGUGUGCCUGGAAAAAAUAAUCGAAAAAGCAGUCCGUACAUUAUUUUAUUUUUCAUUAUAUAUAGAGUAUGAUUUUCAUUUUUUUUUCAUUUUUAUUUUUUAUAUUUUUAAAAAUUUUUUUUAGCUUGUGUAGACCAAGAUCCUUCCCUCUGCGCUUUAUAUAAUGCUCAAGGUUACUGCCACCCAGAUUAUGCUGAUGUCAUGAUUGAAACGUGCCCCCAAACCUGCAACUUAUGUCAGUGAUGUUUGUUAUUGAUUGAUAUAUCCCUUGAAUAUUAAAACCAGAGACCUGUUGGUAGCUUAUCAAUUUAUGUCGUAUAUAUAUAUAACGUGUAUAAAAUAUAAUUUUAGUAUAGUAUAGUAUAGUAUAAUAUGAUAGUAAAGUAUAUUAAAAUGUUAUAUAAUAAAUGUUAUAUAGUAAUAGUCACA